AUGUUGGAGGGAUUAGUAGCAUGGGUUCUGAACAAUUAUCUGGGGAAGUACGUGGAGAACUUGAACACGGAUCAGCUGAGCGUAGCUCUCUUGUCGGGGAAGGUGGAACUAGAGAAUCUCCCCCUGAAGAAAGAUGCCCUACGCCACCUCGGCCUGCCAGUCGAGAUCAAAGCAGGAUUCAUUGGGAAAGUCCAACUCCAAGUACCAGUGCGGCAGAUCCGAUCAGCUCCAUGGCUGAUAGCCAUCGAGAAGCUAUACCUAGUAGCAGCACCAAUCAAUUUGGAUGAGUGGGACUGCUCGGUGGAAGCGUCGAUAGCGCACGAGCGCAAGACGGCGCUUCUGGACGCGCUGGAGGCACAAUGGCGCGCAGAACACGAGGCCGAGGACGCCGGCUACUACGCUACCUCCUACUCAUCCUGGCUCAGCUACGGCACUGGGCUACUAGCCAACAUCGUCGAGAAUCUCCAGUUGAAACUGAACGACGUACACAUCCGCUACGAAGACGCAGUAACGUGCGCACGUCCAUUCGCGUGCGGGCUGACGGUAGAAUCACUGUGCGCCGAGUCGUGCGACAGCGAGUGGCGCCGCGGGUUCACGCUACUCAGCGACCCCGACGGCUGCUCCUUCAAGCUGCUCGAGCUGCACCACCUCGCCGUGUACUGGGACCCCAUGCCCGUGCCCACUGGCAUGUUCGCCAACUGUACCAUCGCGGAACUAACGGGCCGCAUGGGGCAGACGUGGCGCGGCGCGCACCGCUACGUGCUGCGGCCGGCCUCGGCGCGCGCGCGCGUGCGUCGGGAGCGCACGGAGCAGCCGCUGCGCUCGCGCGCGCGCCCGCGCCUGGCCGCGCACCUCACGCUGGACACCGUGUCGCUGCACCUGACGUCCCGGCAGUACAACGAGGCGGUGUGCUGCGCGGCGGGGCUGGAGCGGCUGGCGCGCGUGCGCGAGUUCCGCGCGCGCCGGCCCGCCGCGCCCGUGCGGGGCCGCGCGCGCGACUGGUGGCUGUACGCGCUGUCCUGCCACAUACCCGACCAUCGCUGGACCGAGCCUAAGCCGACGUGGGCGUCGUGCGCGGAGCGGGCCCGCCAGGCGCGGCAGUACGUGGCGGCGUGCCUGGUGACGCUGAGCAACCCGGCCGCCACGCUGCCGGCGGACCGCAAGGCCGCCAAGGAUGACUUCGAGUGGCGCACGCCGCUGCCACUGCUCAAGGCUUUGAGAGAGGUGGCAAUGCGCAAAGUGCCAAAGUCGAGUCCAGCGUCGACGCCGGACAAGCCGGGCAGCUCGGGCCGCAGCAUGCUGGUGCACUGGUUCCCGCAGUGGUGGGGCUGGUACGGCGCGCCGCAGGACACGCCCCCCUCCGCCGCGCCCGCACCCGCCCCCGCCCCCGCCCCCGCCGACCUGGAGGAGGAGAUCCUCGACGUCAUAGCUGACUCCUUGGACAACAAUACGAUGCUGAAGAGGGAUACCGUGUUCGGGAAGUUCGAGUUUAUACUGAACAAGGGCUCGCUCAACCUCUGCAUGGAGACUGAGGCUGGCGAGAACAAAGCUGUCCCCGAGGCGGCAGAAGGCAGCGAGGCUGCGGAAGGCGUGGAGCUGCAGUUCUGGUGCGUGCGCGUGGGCAUCGAGUCCCGCCCCCGCGCCGCCUCGCACGCGCUGCACGUGUCGCUGGGCUCCGUCUGCCUGCGCGAGCGCAUCACGCCCAACACACUCUUCCCCAUACUCAUCGCGCCACAGGGAGUGAUCCGCGAGGGCCUGAGCUCGCUGAGCGCGUCGGGCGCGGCGAUGUCGUGGGGCCGCGCGCACUCGCAGGCCGGCGCCAGCGUCCCGCACCCCCAGCAGGAACCUCUCUUCCAACUCACUUACGAGAAGAAACCCUUCGGCAUGAACUGUGACUACAAGCUGUGGGUGAAGUCGGCGUCGCUGGAGGUGGUGUACAGCGCGGCGGCGGCGCGCUGGGCGCAGCAGUGGCUGAGCGCGCCGUGGGCACGCGCGUACGCGCACGUGCGCGACUCCACGCGCGCGCGCCUGCGCACGCACUGGGAACACAUGCUGCACGCACACCCUGGCGAGCGCCGCACCUGGCAAGUGGAGCUGGACAUCUCUGCUCCUCAGAUCCUGUUCGUGGAGGAACUCUGCUCUCGAGACUCUGCAGUACUAGUCGUCGACUUCGGCAGGCUGCGGCUGGCCAACGCUAACCAGACAGACUGCGCACCGCACACCCCGCCCGAUGACGAGGAGAUGUUCAUGACGCCCUGCUCGACGCCCCCGGGCAGCCUGCUGUCGCCCAGCUCCCCCCCCGACCCGCCGCCGCAGCACGGCGCGCAGCCCGCGCUGGACGCCACCAACCUGCACAACCGACUCUAUGACAGGUACAAGAUAGAGCUGAGCGACCUGCAGAUCCUGGUGGGGCGCGCGCGCGACAACUGGAAGUACGCGCACACCAAGAGCACGUCGUCGCUGCACCUGCUGGACCGGUUCAGCAUCCUGCUGCAGGCGGAGCGGCGCGUGGUGCAGACGUGCGACCCGCAGUACCCGUCCGCCACGGCCUGCGGCUCGCUGCCGGCGCUGGUCGUGCACCUCAGCGAGCACAAGCUGUUCGCCGUGCGCGCCGUGCUCGCGCGCUGCGCGCUGCUGCCCGCCAGCGGCCGCGAGGACAGUCCGGCGCAGGAGCCGGCGGACGACGUGGACGAGAACAGCGUGAGCUCGGAGACGGAGCGGUCGGAGCUGUCGCAGCAGCAGAACUCGACGCUGUUCAUGCUGCAGUUCGCGAUCGAGCAGAUGUCGCUGGAGGUGCAGUCCCUGGGCCGCAGCAUCGCGGAGGUGCAGGUGUGCGGCGUGAAGGCGGCGGCCACGGGGCGGCCGCGCGACCUGGCGCUGGCGCUGUCCGUGCACUCGCUGCUGCUGGUGGACGCGCUGCAGACCUACGGGCCCGACUUCGAGCUGCUCGUGGCCAGCCACAAGCACGUCGGUAUGGACACGAUGUCGGGCAGUAUCCGCGGGUCGGAGCCGACAUCCCCCACGUCCCCCACGUCCCCCACGUCCCCGCAGGGCGCGGCGUCCCCGGACGCGCGAGCCCGGGGCCCGCACGGGCUGGCGCACCCACUCGUGCUGCACCAGGCACUCAACUCGCUAAACUAUAACAGACAAGAGUCACAAUGUCCCACCGAGUCCUCAGACCCUGGACGAGUCAGCCCGGCGCCGAGCUGGAUGUCUGGCACCGGCUUCAACUGGAACGGCAGCAGCAUGUUCGGGGCCGGCUGGGGUUCAGCCUGGGGAACCUGGAGCGAGCCCAACUGGGGGCCCACCGCCACCAACUGGGGUGCGGCCGGACUCGUCGACUCUGAAGCACUUAUCGCCGUCGAUUUGUGCAUCGUCAAGGGUGACGCCGAUUCAGAGGAUUUAAGGAUCGCAAAUAUUUUGUUUAACAAUCUCGAUAUAAUUGCUAAUCAAGAAACCAUAGUCGAGUUGAUUGGCUUCACUCAGCGCGUGAUGGGUCCGAAGACAGCGCCUAAAAAGCCUUCCAACGAGAACAACCAGUCGGAGCCUGCCUCCGCUGCCAGCUCCACGUAUCCUGUGCCGGAGGACGAGCCCAAGCGCGCGGUGCGCACGGAGAUCACGUUCGACUUCCACCGCCUGGGCGUGCUGCUGCUGCGCGCCGCGCUGCACGACGGGGCGCUCGUCGCGCGCAAGAUCGCCACCGCCACCGUCAGCGAGGCGCGCAUCCAGGCCACCGUGGCCGGCAGGCGCGUGGAGGUGGGCGGCUCGCUGGGCGGCGUGGGCGUGGUGGCGCUGUGCGAGGGCGGCGGGCUGCACACGCGCGUGCUGGCGGCGGGGCAGGCGGGGCCGGCGGGGCGGCCGGACGGCGCGGACGAGCCCAAGGCGCUGCAGUUCAGCGUGGCGCGCGGCGUGCGCGAGGGCGCGCUGGCGGCGGACGUGGCGCUGCACGUGGCCAGCGUGCGCUACACGCACUGCGGCCCGCUGCUGCGCGAGCUGCGCUCGUGCCUCACGGAGUUCAAGCAGUACCUCGCCAACCUGGCGCGCUCCAUCCGCGCCGCCGCCGCCGACAUGGCCAUCGGCCUCGUGCACCCCAGGGGUGAGUCUUUGUACGCGAACCCGAAGCUGUCGCAGUCGAUGGAGGGCGUGUCCCCGCGGCGGCGCACCGUCAGCCUCGGCCCCUCGCUGGACGAGCCCGCCGCGCUCAACUCCGACAUCGUGCUCAGCGUGAGCAUCGAGCUGGAGUCGCCGGUGGUGGUGGUGCCCCGGCACGCGCACAGCACGCAGGUGUUCGUGGCGCACCUGGGCCGCAUGAGCCUGCGCAACCGGCCGGGCGCGCCGCGCCGCACGCUGUACAAGGUGCGCGUGCGCGACAUCUCGCUGGCGUCCGUGGACGUGGGCCAGCUGCCCGCGGCCGGCCUGCCCGCGGCGUACGACGCGGCGUACGACGCGGCCGCCGGCAAGCCCGUACUGCACAACACGGCGCUGCGCCUCACCAUCAACUACUGCGACGCUGACGCCGGCUGCGACGCUGACUACCAGUGCGAAGUCCGCGGCAAGAUAGUGGGCGGGCUGCACGUGUCGGCGCGGCGCGAGCAGUACGAGCAGCUGCUGGAGACGCUGCGCUGGGUCAGCUCCGAGGGGCCCGACGCGGGGGACGGCGGGGCCCGCGCAGGGCCGCCCAGCGCGCCCGGGCCGCUGCUGGAGGGCGCCGUGCGCACGCUGCAGCUGGACCCCGCCGUGCGCGCCGCCGUGCUGGCCGUGCCGCCGCCGCCCGCGCGCGCGCCGCCCGCCGCGCUCGCGCCCCUCACAGUGAACUUCGAGCUGCCUACGUUCAACGUCGAGCUCCGCGCCGACAUGGGCGAGGGCGAGAGAAGCCUCGUGGAGCUGUCCUUCAGAGAGUUUAAACUAAAAUAUCAGAAAACACACCCAUACGAGAACAUGCUACAGGUGUCGUUGCACUCGAUAACAAUGGAAGAUCUGACCAAAGAGCCGGACUCGAAGCACCGCAUGUUGAUGGUGUCGCACACGCCACAAAUGCCCCCGAAGGCCGUAUUCGUGUCCAAGUCGUGCCCGGACUUCGUGACGGAGUACGCGGACGACAUGUCCAGCGUCAGCUCCCUGCAGUACAUGAAGUGGUGCUCCUGCUCUCUACCCAGCCAGCUCAACGUGCUCACUAGAGAGAGCAAGGAGCGCCGCAACAAGCGUGAGAGUAAGUGCGCGCCCACGCCGCCGUGCUCGCCCGAGUGCGGCGCGCCCCCAGCCGCGCCCGCGGUCUCGCGCCCCACUGCCGACCCCGCGGACCAUUCCGACCCCGCAGACCCCAUCGAUGCAGCCGACCCCGCGGAGUCCACGGACCCCUCAGACAACCUCGUGUGGCUGUCAGUACACACGCGCGACCCGCACCAUCCACAGUUUGCCGAUAAAUACGACAAGAUAUCAAAACUAAUUAAAGUGGACUUUAACUGCCUCAACCUGGUGGUAAGUAUCGACAGCUGGGUGGCGGUGCUGGACUUCUUCGGCAUCGCCGGCGACGACGCGACGGACGGCGAGCACGGGCCCGAGCCACAGAGCACCGAGGCGGAGGCGGGCGGCGCGGGCGGCGCGUGCUCGCAGACGGAGCUGUGGGUGCGGUCGCUGAGCGUGGUGCUGGUGGCGGGGCGCGGCGAGGUGUGCCGCGCGCUGGUGUCGCGCGCGCGCGCCGUGUGCCGCGCCGACGCGCGCGCGCACACGCGCCGCCUGGCGGGCCGCCUGGGCGCGCUGGCGCUCACCGACCUCACGCCGCACUCCGCGCUCUGGCGGGACCGCUUCCGCACCAACUCUGACCACGCCCUCACCUUCCAAUACCGACGACUGAGCUCUGCCGAGGCAGCCGCCGCGGGCUACGAGACCAGUCUCAGCAUAGAGAUGGGUCCCGUGACGUACGUGCACACUAAACGCUUCGUGCAAGAGCUGCAGGCCUUCGCACGGGACUUCAGUCUGCUACGGAAAGUCAUUAUGCAAGCUAGACUCAAAGUUUCAGUAGUAUCUGGCGGAUCUAGCACAGACGGUGCCCGUCCAGCUCGCAUGAAGCUGAACGUGCGGUGCACGGCGCCCGUCAUAGUGCUGCCGGUGUCGGGGCGCGCGCGCAACGCUCUGGCGGCGCACCUGGAGCAGCUCACGCUGGACAACUGCUUCAAGUACGCGGGCGACGACGGCACGCUGAGCGCGCCGGGCGAGGGCCGGCGCGCCCUGCUGGACGUGCGCAGCGUGCGCCUGGCGGGCGUGGCGCUGUGGUGCGCGCGCGGCGGGCGCGGGCUGCGCGUGCGCCGGCGCGGCGCGCCGCUGCUGCACGCGCCCGCCGACCUGCGCCUGCACCUGGAGUACAACAUGGACGCCGCGCACUCCGUGGCGGACAUGUCGGUGCAGGGCUCGUUGAGCACGCUGCAGCUGGCGCUGGACCCGGCGCAGUACCGCCUGGUGCGCGGCGUGCUGGCCCACAACCUGGCGGAGUGCGUGGACGACCUGCUGCCGCGGGACCUGCCGCACCACCAGCCCCAGCCGCAGCACGACGUGUGGACCACCAGCUCUUUGAAAUUGGACUUACACGACGUGACGGUGAAGCUGGAACCGGAGCACGGGGUGUCUUCCCUGGCUUGUAUCAACUUCAUCAAGUCCAGACUUGUCGUGGAAACAUACUCAGACCUCAGCCAAGACAUAGACCUCGUUUCACAGGAGAUCCUAGUGAGCGACACUCGGUUCGCGAAGGAGCCAGCCAACCGGCGCGGCAACGUGUUCAGCCACAUCGUGCAGCCCAUGGCGGAGCAGAGGCACAGCGUGCAGGCCGAGGUGCACGCCAGGAAGCGGCGUGACUCCUCCGCCUACACGAUCCUGGUGAACAACAUGCGCCUGAUGGCAGUGCUGGACUGGUGGGAGUGCGCCAACCAAUUCAUCAUGCAGCCUCCGCCACCUGCCGCCGACCCCGACCAGGCUCACCUUGAGGAAGCGCUCUGUGCAAUUCGCAAUGCUGCCAGUCCACAUCCUGCGCAGGCGCCGGAAGAACCACUCAUGGAGCUGAAGCUUAAUGUGACGGACUCUCAACUGGUGCUGGUGGAAGACCCGUCCGUGUGGGACACUAACGCGGUCAUACUUAGGAGUACGACAGUGAUCACGUACCGGUGCGCGGACGCGCAGAAGCCGGUGUCGUGCGAGCUGAACGAGCUGGAGGUGUUCUCGUGCGUGCUGGGGCUGGAGGAGGAGACCGCGCUGUCCAUCGUCGACCCCGCCGCCGUGCACGUCGCCAUCGACGCUCAGCGCGUGCUACACGUGGCAAUGAGCACACUGAACCUGCGGCUGUCGUACCACGACAUGCGGAUGUUCGCGGCCAUGCUGCAGUCUCUGCCGGUGCAGGCCAGGGCUGCGCUGUCUGGCAAACUGUUGGUAUCCGAGGAAGACGCCGACGAGCCAGCCAACAUCGUGCACAUGCGUGCCGGCGAGCGCUCCCCCGGCGCGGGCGGCGCGGGCGGCGCGGGCGGCGCGGGCGGCUGGAUGUACCGGCCGCGCUGGCUGCGCGCCCCGCCCCCGCCCGCGCCCCGCCGCAGCCCAAGCCCGCCACCUCUAUAUGGCCGCUCAAAGCUGUGCAGGUGUCGGCAGACUGCAUCACGCUGUGCGUGA